AUGGUGAAAAGAAAGCUGGGAGCUCUGGAAAAGGUCGAGGCUGAUCUGCCCAAUCUGCAGCACAAAAUUCGCCGUGAUCCCAAAUCAUACAUUGAAGAUUUCCGCGCCCAACACUACCAAUAUGAGUCGCAUCGUGAAAUUUUCAUGGCCGCGCCCACGUCGGCCACGGACACCGGUAUCAUCUCGCUGCGUGAUCUUAUUGAUUUCAUUUCUCACGUUGCCGAUUGCUACCCGGAGAUCUUGAAAGAUUUCCCACAGCAGCUUAUCGACAUGCUUAUGCAGCAUCACUUGGUGUUGGAGCCAGAAUUAAGAGAAAAGCUGGUUGGUAGCAUAGUGCUUCUCAAGAAGAAAGAUCUUGUCGAUUCAGCAACGCUGCUUCAUACAUUAUUCCCGAUUCUCAUUACGACACCCAGCAAGACUCUCCGCGCUUUCCUGUUCCAGAAGAUUCUUUCUGAGCUUCGCAUGUCCAAUUUGAAAACCACCAACCACAAGCUUAACCGUACUAUGCAGACAGUUCUCUUCAACUUGGUUACAUCUGAUCGUACUUCAUCCAAAGCCCUCUGGGCAAUAAAAUUGACCCGAGAGCUAUGGAAGCGUCAAAUCUGGACCGAUGCUAAGACUGUUGAGAUUAUGAAGGAGGCCAGUUUGUCUGAGAAUGAGAAGGUCAUCAUUGGUGGAGUACGCUUCUUCCUUGGCGGAGAUAAGGAGCGCGAGCAAAUGGAAGACGAGAGCAGUGACGAGGAAGUGGAUGUGGCCCGCAUCAAGCAUCAGCUUGGCAUCAACAAGAAGACCAAAAAGAAGGCCCGUGUCGCCCAGAAAGCCAUGGCCCUUCACAAGAAAAAGGAACACAAGAAGAACCAACCGCAUCCGCUCAACUUCUCUGCGCUUCACCUACUGCAUGAUCCGCAAGGAUUUGCAGAGACCCUAUUCUCCAAGCACUUGCAAAACAGCAGGGCCAAGUUGAAUCUGGAGCAAAAACUACUAGUUCUCCAGUUGGUCUCUCGAUUGGUUGGCUUGCACAAACUUCACAUUAUGUCGCUCUACUCCUACUUCCAGAAAUUCCUCACUCCUCGCCAACCCUCUGUCACAUCCUUCUUGGCAUCCCUAGCACAGGCAUCUCACGAUCUAGUGCCCCCGGAUGUUCUUGAGCCUCUGGUCCAGAAGAUCGCGAAUGAGUUCGUCUCCGAGGCGUCGGCAGGAGAAGUCGCCACUGCUGGUCUGAACGCCAUCAGAGAGAUCUGUGUCCGCCAGCCUCUGGCAAUGAAUGAGACUUUGCUGCAAGAUCUCGUCAUGUACAAGAAGAGUAAAGAUAAGGGUGUUAUCAUGGCCUCAAAGGGUCUGCUCAGUCUGUUCCGUGAUGUUGGCGCGCAGAUGCUUAAGAAACGUGAUCGUGGUAAGGAGGCUUCCAUGAGCCUCCGUGCCGGCGACAAGGAACAGCGACGAUUCGGCCAACAGGAGUCUGGAGGCAUUGAGGGAAUUGAGCUCCUGGAGCAGUGGAAGGAAGAAGAACGCCGCAAGAAGCGACGUGAGAAGGGUCUUCCGUCCGACGGCGAGGAUGACGAGGAUGAGGAUGAAGAAGACAACUGGGAUGCCUGGAAUGUCGAGGAUGACUCCGACAGUGAUGAUUCUGGCGAUUGGAUCAACGUCCAGAGUGACGUUGAGAUCGACCUCAGUGACUCGGAAGACGAGAAGGACCGGCCCUCGAAGAAGACCAAGCAAAAUGAUGAAGAACCCAAGGCAGCCGCUGAAGGUUCAAAGGAGCCCGCCACAAAGGAGUCUACUUUCUCCAAGCUCGCCACAACCCGCAUUCUCACACCUGCCGAUUUGGCCAAGCUUGCUGAGCUUCGAGCUCAAGCGUCAGUUGACGCUGCCGUGUCAGGAGGCUCCAAGUCCCGCCGUGCAGCACAAGCCCUCAGCGCUCGUCACACAGACGACCCAUUGACAGCCGAAGAGAUCGAGGGUCUCGCGGCCCUCUCAGCUGCAAAGCAAACCCGCGAGGAGAGAAUUGCUCACGCUCGCGAGGGCAAGUUGGACCGCUCAGAGCACAAGAGUAAGGAAGCCAAGCGUCGGGAACGCAAGGAAGAGCAGGGUAAGAGUACCACGAACAAGGAGAAGGCUCGCAAGAAGAACUUCUUCAUGACCCUGGGCAAGGCAAAGAGCAAGAACAAGCGUAGUCUGGUUGAGACGCGCGCGGUGUUGAAGGCACACCACGACCGGAAGAAGAGAGGUGGAAAGCGCGGAAACUUGGGCAAUUAA